UUCAUUUUCAUUUCACAAAGAAAGAAAGAAAGAAAGAAAGAAACGUUAUCUUCUUCUUCUUUCUGUUGUUGUUUCGCCUCCUUCCUUCCUUCCCAUCACAAAGAAACAUGCAUGCUCUCUGAUUCGUUUUUCUAAUUUCCUCUCGCUGAAUGAGCAGCCCCCAUGCCUUUGAUUGCAGAGAUAGCAUAUGCACAUUUACUGAGGGUCUCGUUACCAUUACCAUAUUAUUAUUAUUAUCAUCAUCAACAUCAUCAUCAUCAUCAUCAUGUCAAAGACUACUCAUCAACUAAUAAGAUUAAUUGGAACAACAACAACAACAACAUCUUCAAUGUUCGACGACAAUUCCUCAUUAAGGCUGUUGCUGCUGCUCCUCUAAAUCCACAGCUUGAUUUAUCUGAAGAAGAACCACUUGAUGAGAGGGAGAAGUUGAGAAGAUCCAGGAUUUCUAAAGCUAAUAAAGGAAACAUCCCAUGGAACAAAGGAAGAAAGCACACUCCAGAAACUUUGCAGAAGAUCAAGGAAAGAACACGCCUCGCAAUGCAGAAUCCUAAGGUCAAAAUGAAGUUGACUAAUCUUGGACAUGCACAAACUACGGAAACAAAAUUGAAGAUUGGUGCUAGAGUGAGAAAGCUAUGGGAAAACAGGCGUGGAAUGAAGAUGGUGCAGGAGACUUGCUUCUUUGAGUGGCAGAAUUUAAUUGCAGAAGCAUCUAGGCAAGGCCUUGUUGGUCAGGAAGAGCUGCAAUGGAAUUCCUAUGAAACCUUGGAUGAACAGCUUAAGCAGGAGUGGUUGGUGACCCUUGAAGAAAGGAAACAAAUGGCAAGGCCAUCUUUAAGCAAAAGAGCACCCAAGUCCCUUGAACAGAGAAGAAAAAUUGCAGAAGCUAUUGCUGCAAAAUGGGCCGAUCCAGAUUACCGUGAAAAAGUUUGCUCAGGAUUAGCCAAGUAUCAUCAUUCUACUGAAAAGAAACCAAGAACAAGGCCAAGUUACGGCGCACGACCCACCAAGAAGAAGAAACCCCUUACAAAAAGAGAUUCUGAUACUAGCAUUCUUGUUAAGGGUGCCUCCAAAAUUCUUAAGCCGAUCCUGUUGAGACAAAGAAAAUCCCCUGCAUAUAAGGAUCCUUUGGUGAAUUCCAAGCUUGAGAUGAUAAAGAACAUCAGAGCACUGAGGGCUUCCAUGGAUACCAGACAAACUCAAGCCAUUCAACAAGCAAGACUACUGAUUGCUGAAGCUGAGAAAGCAGCCAAGGCACUAGAGGUUGCUGCAGUGAAGAGUCCAAUUGCUCAGUUUUCUCUAACAGAAACCAGAAAGCUUAUAGCUGAAGCUAUUCAAUCACUUGAAUCCAUUGAUACACAAAAGAUGGAUGACUGUAGUGUCCCUUCAGUUAGUUUGAGCGAGGUCAAUAAGGAAAAUGAACCAGCAUUUGAAGUUCAACACCAUUUACAAAUGGCACAAGUAAAUGGACAUACAACAUUAUCAUCAACUGACUACAAGUUCUCAGAAGAUUUUGGUGAACUUUCCCUGGAGAGUCCAGUUAAUGGUGUUCCAGAACUUCACCUAACCAAUGGACAUGCUUCCUUACCGUUCAGUUUGAAUGGCCAGAUAAACCAGUAUAGCCCAUCAAAUCAGCAAAGUGAAACAGAACAAGAUGAGAUCAGCGAAGAUGAAACAGAAACAGAUCAUUCUCCAACUAUGGUGGGAAGUCAGUCCCUUGAAGAUGAAACACUAUCUAGAUCCUCUAUAGCAACUAAAAAGUGGGUUCGCGGAAGGCUUGUUGAAGUGAGUGAAGAAAAACAGUAAAAUGUGUAAAGCUUAGCCCAGUUUUCAAACAUAAUACAAAACUGUCUGCUGCAUGUUAUAUAGAACACCAUAAAUGCCCUUUAACGGCGUGAUCAAUGCAACACACUCAUUGAAAUCAUUAGUUGACUUGAAUCAGCCAACCAAGUCUAGGCAGACAGAUGGAGACUAAAAAUAGCAUUAGCUAAAGAGAGAAUGUACUUAUGUUAGUUUAUAGGAUCAUCUACUUCAGUUGAUCUUGUUACAUUGAACUGUGAAGUUAUCAUAUUAUUUUGUUACAUUUACAGCGCAUGUGUUAGUUAUGCAGAGUAUUCUAUGUUGGUAUCCCAGGCAGUGGCCGAAUAAUAGAGAGGCACAUGGAUGGUUGGGUGUUUAA